AUCAGUUGCCUUAACCCUUCCACUUAGAAAUGUCAGUGUUACAAAAUGACUAAAGCUACAUCUAAGAUUUUCCAUCUUGCCAUCAUCAUCAUCAUAUUAAUAUUCAAGAUCAAAAUUCACUUAUCUGAUGAAAGUGAAGUUUUAACUAACAGGUCAAAAACAGGUCUUGACCAUGUUCCCAAGGAUCUAUCCAUGGAGACAACAAUCUUAGAUUUAUCACAAAACUCUAUAUCAGAGCUUCAGACUUCUGACAUCCUACCACUCUCAAAGCUGAAGGUCUUGAUAAUUUCUCAUAAUAGAAUCCAGUAUCUUAAUGUCAGUGUUCUCAAGUUCAACCAGGAAUUAGAAUACUUGGAUUUAUCUCACAACAAGUUGAAAAAGAUUUAUUGCCACCCCAUGGUGAACCUCAAGCACUUAGAUCUCUCAUUCAAUGCAUUUGAUACCCUACCCAUAUGCAAAGAAUUUGGCAGCAUGACCCAGUUAGAAUUUCUGGGGUUGAGUGCCUCACAGUUACAAAAAUCUGUUAUAUUGCCAAUUGCUCAUUUGAACAUCAAAAAAAUGUUACUGGUCUUAGGAGAAACCUAUGGAGAGAAAGAGGAUCCUGAAAGCCUUCAAUACAUGAACACAGAGAGUCUACAUAUUGUUUUUCCCACAGAAAAGGACUUCCAUUUUAACUUGGAUGUAUCUAUCAGCAAGGCAGUAAGUCUUGAACUCUCUAACAUGAAAGGUGUGACAGUCGAUAAUAGAUGUUCUUUCCAGAAUGUUCUGUUGGCACUUAAAAAAAAUUCAAAGAUAGCAAGUCUCACUUUAAAUAAUAUUGAAACGACUUGGGAUUGUUUCUUCAUAAUCCUUCAAUCGGUUUGGCCUACAAGCAUAGAGUAUUUCUCAAUUACAAAUGUGACUCUUCAAGGCAAAAUUAACUUUAGAGAGUUUAAUUACUCUAAUACUUCAUUGAAGGCCAUGUCUGUACAUCAACUUGUCAGUUAUUCAUUUACAUUUCCACAAAAUGUUGUCUAUACAAUCUUUUCAAAUAUGAACAUCCCAAAACUUACAGUGUCUUCCACACGCAUGUUCCAUAUGCUUUGCCCAUCCCAAUCUAGUCCAUUUCGAUAUUUGGAUUUUUCCAAUAACCUCUUAACAGAUACAGUUUUUAAAAAUUGUGAAAACUUGGUAAAGUUAGAGAUACUUAUUUUACAAAUGAAUCAGUUGAAAGAACUUGCAAAUAUAAUUCAUAUUACCAAGACGAUGAAAUCUUUACAACAGUUAGAUAUUAGCCAGAAUUCUCUCAGAUAUGAUAAAAAGGAAGGAAAUUGUUUUUGGGCUGAGAGUUUAUUAAGUUUAAAUUUGUCUUCAAAUAUGCUCACUGACUCUAUUUUCAGAUGUUUGCCUCUCAACAUCAAGGUUCUUGAUCUUCACAAGAACAGAAUAAGGAGCAUCCCAAAUGAUGUCAAUAAUCUGGAAGCUUUGGAAGAACUCAAUGUGGCUUCCAAUGCUUUAACCAUCUUGCCCGGAUGUGGUACCUUUAGCAGUCUUUCUGUACUGACCAUUGACUCUAAUUCCAUUUCCAAACCAGCAGCUGAUUUCUUCCAGACCUGCCCAAAGAUCAGGUCAAUUAAAGCUGGGAACAAUCCAUUCCAAUGUACAUGUGAGCUAAGAGAAUUUAUCCAAAGGGUAGACCAAGCAUCAAGGACAGUGGUAGAGGGCUGGCCAGAUUCCUACAAGUGUGACUAUCCAGAAAGUUCCAAGGGAACUCCACUCAAGGACUUUCAUGUGUCUCAACUCUCCUGCAACCCAGCUCUGCUGAUGGCCACCAUUGUGGGCAUAAUGCUUGUGGUGGCCAUUGCCAUGACCAUCCUCUGUGUCUAUUUUGAUGUGCCCUGGUACCUCAGGAUGGUAUUCCAGUGGACCCAGACCCGGCACAGAGCUAGGAAUAUACACUUGGAAGAGCUGCAAAGAAAUCUCCAGUUCCAUGCUUUUAUUUCCUACAGUGAGCAUGAUUCUGCCUGGGUGAAGAAUGAAUUGCUACCAAACUUGGAGAAAGAAGAUAUCCAGGUUUGUCUUCAUGAGCGCAAUUUUGUUCCAGGCAAGAGCAUUGUGGAAAACAUCAUCAACUUCAUAGAGAAGAGCUACAAGUCCAUCUUUGUUUUGUCUCCAUACUUUGUCCAGAGCGAGUGGUGCCAUUAUGAGCUCUACUUUGCCCAUCACAAUCUCUUUCAUGAAGGAUCUGACAACUUAAUCCUGAUCUUGCUAGAGCCUAUUCCACAAUAUUCUAUUUCCAGUAGUUAUCACAAACUCAAAACUCUGAUGGCACGAAGAACUUAUUUGGAAUGGCCGAAGGAGAAGAGCAAACAUGGACUUUUUUGGGCUAACCUAAGAGCAGCCAUUAAUAUUAAGCUGUUGGAGUGA